ACUGCUGAAGUUAGUGUUAAUGUGGAGGGGAUGAUCUCAAAGAUCAUGAGAAAAUAUCUGCUUGCUUGCGUGCUCGGAUGGUACCGGGUCCAAGCUUGACGUGUGAUGCUGGAUUGGGGAACAACAAUUAUAGAUAUUAUGAAAACAGGAGGUGAACAUAUUAUUCAGUACGGUUAAUGUACUAUAAAUAACUUAUCCACAUAAUUUAUCAGAAGUUAACGGACUACUGCUAGCAAGCUAGAUGGCGAGGGGUUUGCUGCGGUUGCUCUCGUCUCGGGAGAAAGUGGUGGCUCUGGUCGGCCGGCGGGGGCAGGCUCCCAGGCGACAGUUCACCUCCUCGAGGACCUGCCUGGAGAAGCAGGCGAGCGUCGCAGAGCCGGGGCCUACCGCCAGGGGCACCCCCUACAGCCGGCUCGUGGUGGGAGUCCCCAAGGAAGUCUGGCAGAACGAGAGAAGGGUCGCUCUGAGUCCGUCUGCGACGUCCGUCCUCGUGAAGAAGGGUUUCAACGUGCAGGUGGAGAGUGGAGCGGGCCACUUUGCCUCUUUCAGAGAUGAGGACUACGCAAACGCUGGGGCCAAAGUGGUUGGCAAUGCUUAUAAUUCAGACAUAGUUCUGAAGGUGCGUCAGCCAUUGGUGAAGGAGACUGAGGCGUUUCGGGACUCAGGAACCCUCAUCUCGUUCCUGUACCCAGGCUUGGAAGAAAACAAACCUAUUAUUGACGUGCUGGCAGCGAAGAAGAUGACUGCUUUUGGAAUGGACUGCAUCCCACGCAUAUCCAGGGCACAAGUGUUUGACGCACUUAGCUCAAUGGCAAACGUGGCAGGCUACAGGGCGGUAAUUGAGGCAGCCAACCAUUUUGGGAGAUUCUUUGGAGGGCAGAUCACCGCGGCGGGCAAGGUGCCGCCCGCCAAGGUGCUGGUGAUCGGCGGCGGAGUGGCGGGCCUGGCGGCCAUGGCCCAAGCCAAGCACAUGGGCGCGAUAGUGCGCGGGUUCGACACCCGCGCCAGCGUCCGCGAGCAGGUGGAGUCCCUGGGAGCAGAGUUCCUCGAGGCCUCCAUCCAGGAGGAAGGAGAGGGCACCGGAGGCUACGGCAAGCAGAUGUCCAAGGAGUUCAUAGAAGCUGAGCACGCACUGUUCGCACAGCAAGCAAGAGACGUCGACGUCAUCAUCACGACCGCGCUCAUACCUGGCAGGAAGGCACCAGUCCUUGUGCUGAAAGAGCACGUGGAGGCGAUGAAGCCGGGCAGCGUGGUGGUGGACCUGGCCGCGGAGAUGGGCGGCAACGUGGAGACCACGCGGCCCGGCGAGGUGUACACGCACCAGGACGUGGUGCACGUGGGCCUCACGGACCUGGCCAGUCGCCUGCCGUCGCAGAGCUCCACCCUCUACGCCAACAACAUCUCCAAGUUCCUGCUGUCCAUAGGCGAGAAGAACCACUUCCACGUGAACCUGGAGGACGAAGUGGUGCGGGGCAGCAUCGUGCUGCACGAGGGCAAGCUGCUGUGGCCGCCCCCCCCUCCUCCCUCCCUGGCGGCCGCCCCCUCCGCCGCUGCCGCACCCUCCGCCGCUGCCGCACCCGGGGUCGCCCCGCCACAGCCACCCAACCAGUUCAACAAGACACUCGCCGAUGCCUUGUUGUACACCGGAGGCCUGACGGGCAUGCUGGGCCUGGGCGUGGUCUCGCCCAACGGCGCGUUCACCACCAUGAUGACCACGUUCGCUCUGUCGGGCCUCGUGGGCUACCACACGGUGUGGGGGGUCACGCCGGCGCUGCACUCCCCGCUCAUGUCCGUCACCAACGCCAUCUCGGGGAUCACCGCGGUGGGCGGCCUGCUGCUCAUGGGCGGCGACCACCUCCCGCAGACCGUGCCCCAGAUUUUAGGAGCAACUGCAGCAUUUGUAUCUUUCAUCAACAUAUUUGGAGGCUUCACUGUUACGCAGAGAAUGUUGGACAUGUUCAAGAGGCCGGGCGACCCGCCGGAGCACAACUACCUGUACGGCGUCCCCCUGGCGGUGUUCCUGGGCCUGUACGGGUACGGGGCGGUGGCCGGGAGCAGCGCGGAGCUGCACAGCAUGGCCUACCUGGUGUCGUCGCUGUGCUGCGUGGGGGCCCUGGCCGGCCUCAGCUCGCAGGCCUCUGCGCGGCUCGGCAACUGCCUCGGCAUUAUGGGAGUGAGCGGCGGGAUCGCGGCGACGCUGGGCAUGCUGAACCCCUCGAGCACCGUGCUGGCGCAGAUGGCGGCGGCCAUGGCGGUGGGGGGCACGGUGGGCACGGUGAUCGCCAAGCGCCUGGAGAUAACCGACCUGCCGCAGCUGGUGGCAGCCUUCCACAGCCUGGUGGGGCUGGCGGCCAUGCUCACCUGCAUCGCCACCUACGUGCACGAGUUCCCGCACUUCGCCACCGACCCGGCCGCCAACGUCGUGAAGACGGCCACCUUCCUGGGCACCUACAUCGGGGGAGUCACCCUCAGCGGCUCGCUGGUGGCCUACGGCAAGCUGCAGGGCGUGCUCCGCUCUGCGCCGCUCCUGCUGCCCGGCCGGCACGCCCUCAACCUGGGGCUCGGCGCCGCCAACCUGGGCGCCAUGGCCUGGUACUUCCUGGAGCCCACGCUCGCCGGCGGGGUCUCCAUGCUGCUCACCACCUCCGCCCUCUCCACCGUCAUGGGCGUCACGCUCACCGUCGCCAUCGGAGCUGCGGACAUGCCCGUCGUGAUCACGGUGCUGAACAGCUACUCGGGCUGGGCCCUGUGUGCGGAGGGCUUCAUGCUGAACAACUCCAUCAUGACCAUAGUGGGCGCCCUCAUUGGCUCAUCGGGUGCAAUUCUCUCCUACAUCAUGUGCAAGGCAAUGAACCGCUCCCUGGUGAACGUCAUCAUGGGUGGUUUCGGCACGUCGUCAACGGGCAAGGGCAAGGCCAAGGAGAUUAAGGGGGAGCACACCGAAGUGAAUGUCGACGGCUGUGUGGACAUGAUAAUGGAUGCAAAGAACAUAAUCAUCACACCUGGAUAUGGUUUGUGUGUUGCGAAAGCACAGUAUCCAAUUGCGGAAAUGGUAGCAUUAUUGAAAAAGAAAGGCAAGAAGGUUAGAUUUGCUGUCCAUCCCGUUGCAGGGCGCAUGCCGGGCCAGCUGAACGUGCUGCUGGCGGAGGCGGGCGUGCCCUACGACGACGUGCUGGAGAUGGAGGAGAUCAACCAGGACUUCCCCCACACGGACCUGGUCAUGGUGAUCGGGGCCAACGACACGGUCAACAGCGCGGCGGAGGACGACCCCAACUCCGUGAUCGCCGGCAUGCCCGUGCUGCGCGUGUGGGCCGCCGAUCAGGUGGUGGUGAUGAAGCGCUCCCUGGGGGUGGGCUACGCGGCGGUCGACAACCCCAUCUUCUACAACCCCAACACGGCCAUGCUGCUGGGCGAUGCCAAGCAGACCUGCACCGCCCUGCUGGACACCCUCAAACACAGGAUGGGUGUUAACUGAUUUAGCUGGUUGCAAACGCGUGUCCUUGUGGUGUUUUGUGCAGUGAAGUCAAGAUUGCACGAUACAUGCAACUGUCAUCUGUGCAUUACCAUGUUUUACAUGUUUUUUGUUGCUGGCAGUAACAAAACAGAUAGGUAUGUUUAUUUGAGUGAGAUGUUUAGUGCUGGCACAUCCCGGAGGAGACAUGUGUCGUUACUGAGCCAUAAGCACUGCCGUGACUCCAGCUUAGAUUCUGACAUUCAACAGAACCACUCUUUAAGAUGGUCCAGGGACAAUUUCAGUUCAGUAAAAUAGCAAGAAAUAGUCAUUUUUGUACAUUUUCAUCUCUACAUUCCCAUGCGGUAUGCAUAUUUUUUAUUAUACAGUAAAUCCCUGUUAAGAAGGUUCUCAGGUAUUUAGAAAUAUGAACUUAACAGGAACGUUUUUUUAAGGGGAAAUUGUAUGUAUUUAUUUAUAGGUUCAGUGCAAAAUAUUUCAAACUUAUUGUACAGGAACUUUUCUUUACUUGGAUUUUAUUGUGAGAGUUUUACUGUACAUAUAAGGCAGCUGUUCCCAGCAUACAGCAUAGUAAUACAUAUGAACACUUUAAUUACUUAAAUGGUUUUUGUAUUAUUGACACUAAGGGGUGCCAAGCCCAAAGGAUAAUUUUUAAUGUUACUUUUGGCAUGUUUUUAGCAUAAAGAACAUGGCUAUUGAUAAUGUUGCCAAAUAUAAUUCUACCCCAAAUGUAAGUUUACCAAGUUUAUUAAUUAUUGUUUGAAGAAAUACUUAAUAGUAAUUCUGAUAUUAAUAUAAGACAGAACUUGUCACCAUCUUUCCAGUUUGAUGUCUGUUUAGGAUUUAAAAAAAAAAAUAUAUUUUUCCUUAAUGCCGGAUUUGAUUUUAAAAAUUAGGUUUUCCAUAAUUUUCUUUGCAUACCAACACAUAAUAGAAUGUUUGACAAUCAUUGAAAUGUUUAUUGAAGACAUCAGAUCAUGAGGGAGAGCAUUUUAUACCUCAUAUAUUGUGUUCAGCUGUAAAAGUGUUUAAAUUUUAAUGUAUUAUAGCACAAAGAUGAUUUUAUUAUCUUAUUAUUGGUACUGUAAUUUAAAGGAGAGACUACUUUUUAAACAUAAAUAUAUAUUUUUUUUAAAUUUGUCUUACUAAUGACUUUAUUUUCAGACAAUCAUACUACGUACUGUAUUUAGAGUUAAUUGCCUGUGAUGCUUAUUUGCAAAAUUAUUAUGCCAAGCAUUGAAAUUCUACAAACUAGCACAAGUCUUUCUUAAAAAGGCUUCAAAUAGGUUUAGACAGAUAUGUACACAUUUGCAUAUAUUAAAAUCUGGUGUUGAAGGUUUAUUUUGUGUAAGAUUGUGCCAAAUGUGUUGAUAUUGAGUACUGUACCUACUACCUACUAACAUUGCCUAAUGUGUGUGUGAAUCAAACAUUUUUAAAGUAUUUUUUUGUUUGUUUUAUAAAAUAAUGAUUUGAAUGGCUUAGAAUGAUUAUGCAAGCAUAAGUCAUCGUGUGUUAUGCUACAUGGUUGACUUUGAUGUUAUUUUGAUUUUGGAAUAAUAUUGUAAGGACUAUUUUAAUAAGUGCUGAGUAUCGUAUUUACCCGCAUAAGGGUUGUCCCUUCGUAUGGUUUGUACCCUUAAUUUCACCGUAAGGGUCGCAGCAACAUAUAUCUGUCUUCGCUAGAGUUCCGUGGAUACAAGUAGAGUUGUACCGAUUCACAACAUUUUGCAGAUAUGCGGAUAUGCCGAUACAACUGUUGCAGAUUCACUGAUUUGUGAACAGAUACGGGAGAAAACUAAUUUUGGUUAAAAAAUUUGUUGUCAUUUUACUAAACUACCCAAAAUAACUCAUCCUAAAAAAGCAUGCAAUGCAAACACACACGUAUUUUAAUUUAUAAACAGAUCAUAACCUCUCUUACUUUUAGCUUGUUUUCAUUUGUUUGUUGAUGACUUCUUAGUUGCUUAUUGAAACAUGAAUUUACUAAUUGAGGCUAGAAAAUUUAAUAUUAUAAUACUUUAAUUAUAUAAAAUAAUUUUUAAUAGGUAACCAUGAAAUAUUUAUUUUUAUAAUAUAUUUAGUUAAAAAAAAUUUUAAAUGUGCAAAAUUGAUAGACUUUGUACAUGUUUACAAUUUAACAACUAGAAUUCCAUUAUCAUCUUAACACGUGGGGCAGUGAAAAUUUACGGUACCAAACAUUUAUACCUAAAUGCAUUUUAUGUGGUCGCUUUGCACGGGAAACAGUAAAAGUAAUUUACGUGAAGUGCUAUAUUAUUUGGUUACUAUUUUGUAUUAAUCUUAAAAACUUUACUUAAUUAAAAAAAAUCUCCGUCACAAUAUUAUGAACAUUUCUUUGCAGUUCAAGCAGUUGGUAUUUACGUUGUUUGUAGUGAUAGCCAUGCUUUAAAUAAAGCAAGUUUUUGUUCCAUCUAACUUAAAUCAUGCUGGUGAUAUAUUUAUUUACAAUGUAUUAGAUUCAAAAUGCUUCUAUAACAUAGGAUUUUUAAGUUUGAUAUGUACUGCUGGCAUACGUAGCUAAGAAAUGAUGCAAGUUCAAAGUAUGUAGAAGUACAAAAAGUGAAAAGGGUACUGAUGGAUUUUCAGGUUAUGACAAGUACUUUCAUUUUUCAAUAAUAUCAGCAGAAAAUUAACAAGCGUAUUGUGAAUCGGCAGAAAUGCUGAUUCAACUAGAUAUCAACAAAAUCUGCUUCUACCGAUGCGUAUUGGCACAGCUCUGGAUACAAGUGACUUGUUCCUUUUCUCAGCUUAUUGGCAUAUGAGAUUGACCCUUGGCUCUUCUUUGUCUGCCAGCUAUGGGAGGGUGAGAGGUAACAAACACCCCCCCUCCCCGUCCCACCAUAUUUACGACCCAUCCAGUUCCUGCACUUCCUAACAAGACAGAGGUGAACACUGCUAUUUUUCAUAACCUUGUUUUUGUAUUGUAUUUUUUAACCCAUCCCUGGAUAGGGAAGAGGUGGCAAGCUACUCCUUGUCAGUUCCGUCUAUAAGAACCAGCACACAGUUCACCACGAGGUAACAGCGGUGGCUGCAGUUUUGUCGUGGGAAAUGUCAUUCAAACACCUGAACACCGGUCAAGAUGUGGGGCCAGUUCAGAGAGGGAGGGAGGGAGAACUGCCCUCACGCACACACACACUUGCUCCCUCCCUCCCCUCCCCUCCUACUCGUGACAGGUCGGGCGGACACGGAACACGUGCAAUAACUGUGCUCCAGACUGCUCAGAUAUUUGGAUUAAACCAUUUAUACUUACUCGUGGAGUUAUAUUCAUAGAUAUUAAUGCUCAUAAUCAACCAUACAGUACAACAUUUUUUUAAACCCUAAAUUUGCAUUGGAUUUGCUGUACAUUUUUUUUAACAAAAAAUCGGCAUAAAAUAUGUUACCCAUACGCGGGUAAUUACGGUAUAUUGCAUAACUGUGAUAGUUGAGACUUCUGUGUCGUUUACAUGCAAACUGUUCUGUGUCGUUUACAUGCAAACUGUUUCAGUUUCAUUGUUUAUGUAUUAAGGUACCUACAUCUAGGUGUGUUGGUGAUUUAGAGCCAAUGAUAGUGACCAGAGCUUGCUGUGACAUCAUCAAAACAUUUGUGACAAUUGUUCCGUGUUUCAAUGUAAUAUGAGUGUGUGACAUUUGUACAGAGUUUGUUGUUGUUGUUAUAAUUAUUAUUAUUAAUUAAAGGUAGUGAUAAACAGCCAAAUCUUUACAGAAGACAAAGUCUAAAAUCAUUAAAAAUUACAUAAUUUAUAGGGGUAAGUACUUAAUUCUUGGUACAGUUUAAACAUUCUUGAUAGUUGUGGAUGUGCAUUUCUAGUCUUCCUUUUCAUUUUUGGACGAUGAAACUGUAAGCAGGAUUUGAUCAUGCAUCAUGCAUGAUAUUUGUUUUAAGUAUUUUUAAUUAGUUAAAUCAAAAUCCAUAACAUUAAAAAAAUUAAUUUUGGAAGGCAGACUUUUCUUGAGUAAAAUCAUACUAUUACAGAGCAUAUAAAUAUAACAUAGAUAUGUAGUUUAUUCUGAUAUGCAUAUUUAAUAGUACGAUACACAAAAAUGUUAUGUAGGUGGUCAUCAGUUUAUGGAGAUGAUAGAACAGCAAAUAUUUUGCCGAGAAGUUCUUUGUAAGAAACUCCUUGCCUUGUAAGCCAUUUUUGUAAAGUUUGUACCUGGUGUGUAGAAACUUAGGAAUCUUUGUGUUUUUUUUUUUUUUUUUAGCAUUUUUGUGGUAAAUAUGCAUUAGUUAUACCUUUUAGUUUUGUGAGGAUUUUUAGGGCAUAUGUAACAGAAGUUCUCAGGUGGAAUGUUUAAAAGUUCAGAUUUCCAAAUUUAAAGUAAUAUUGAACCAUUAGUCUGGAAUCAUAAUAUCACGACAGAUGCAAUGUGAGGGAUGCAACUAAAAUAAAAUAAUUUUCUAAUCAGUCAUACUUGACACACCUAUGACAUCAGUACAACAGAAUUUACAGGCGUGCUGUACUUUCCGACUUGAAAGUUUUUAUAAUUUCCGUUGUGAGCACGAAGUUACUAAAAUUAGCAUAAGAAUUUUGUUUUACAAUGAUGGUUAAACCGAUGCAUUGGUUAUAAAAUUAUUAUUUGUGUUUUUUAGGUUUUAUGUUCUAUAUUACAUAUAAUAUAAUUUAAAUUUUAUAAAAUAUUUCUCAAGCAGGUUCAUUUAAAAAAAAUCAUUUCAGUAUUUAUGUGUAGUGUGCUUAGUGUGAAUGUAUUGAAAUAAACAUUUUAUAUCUUGUAUUCUGGUUUUAUUUGUCACACAGUUCAAAACUGCGUGUUUAUAACAUUACAGUAUUUUGCUGACUCAUUGCGUCCUUUGCAUUGUGUCUGUCACAGUAUUGUGAUUCCAGCAUUAGGCUUAAAAAUGAAGCGUGCAAAAUGACAACUUUGUUUGUCAUAAUGAUGUUUCGUACAGUGUAUGAACUAAUAAAUAUUAUGUGUUAAAUAUU